AGGACUUCCAGAAAGCCCGCCCAGACGCGCAAAAACACGUGCGCCGAUGUCAACACUCCAGGAUGUCGGCCUUCCUGUCGUGACGGUGGUGGUUUUGUCCCCUGUGGCCAUCCUCUGCUUUAGAUACGGUGUUCCCAUCGAGCUCAUCGUUUUCGGCUUGCUGUGUGCCGGCUAUAAGGCACCCAAGUGGUGCACGCGCGGCCAAAAGAAGUCGCCCCCGGUGCAUGACUCGCCCCCGGUGCAUGAUGAGCCUGAGGUAGAGGAAUUGAAACAGAAGAAGAGUUUCCAAUCGUGGAGGCCAUGGAAAUCGAAGCGAGACACAGAGGAGAAAGGUUGGAGAGAGGGCAAAGCCCGGGAAAAGCCGAGCGGAAAACAGGAGGCGAAGGGUGGAGCUAGACCGAAAAGCGGUGCUGCGCAUUUAAAGAACAACGCCUCACAGACACAAUGGCGGUCCAUCAUCAAUAAAUUCACGCCGGAGAAGUUUGAGAAGCUUUGUGGGCAGUUGCUUCAAACUCUUCCAACUGAAGGCACCGACGGUGAGUUCUCCAAAAUUCUGGAAGAGCUCCUGUCGAUGAUCUUCGAUGCUUGCAGUCGGCAGCACCAGUACACCGAAAUGUACACGGAUCUUUGCCAAAAGCUCUUGGAUUUCGUCGCGCAGCAGCGACCCAAUCUGGAUGGACGUGCGUGCGUAUGGGGUCGAUGUCAACACAUCUUCCAGACCAUCGUGUUGAAACCCCCUGAGAUCCCGGCCGAGCUGCCUGAAGAUGAGUACAUGGAUCGCAAAGCCAAGAUCAAAGAGAAGAUGGUUGGCAUGGUGAAGUUUGGAGGUGGAUUGGUUUCACGGGGCUUAGUGCCUCCAGAAGGGGUGAUGACGUGGAUUCAUACACUUUUGAGCGAGAAGACCGAAGAAGUCUUUUGCACAGAGGAAGAGGAGACAGCUGUGGAAACUGAGAAGGAUGUGGAGCAACGUGAAGUACAGCUGGAAGUGCUUUGUGCCAUUCUAGCUAGUAUGGGCUCUUCAUUGUCAGACCCCACCGUUUGGAAUGAGGACAAUCGCAUGGUCAUUGAAAAUGUCUUUGAGCAACUGGAGACUCUAGCCAUCGAUGCAGAACACUUGUCCCUGAGGAUUAGAUGUUUGAUACGAGAUGUGCUCGACUUGCGGAUGGCGGAAUGGAAGGAAAAGCGUGGCAAGCUCAAGCCCACCUGUUUGCACAAGCAGAAGGAGGAGGAGCGUUUGGAGACCAACCUCAGGAGCGAAGCACCCGAGUUCGUGCCCGGCUCCAAGGGUGGGAGCCUAUGGAGUUCCGACCGACUGUUGGAGGGGAAACCUUGGAUGGAUCCGCAACUUUUGGCUUCUUGGACGACCCAAAAGCACACCGGGGCAGCGGAGCGCUGCCCCAGUUGGAAGGCCUCCUUGCAAAUGGUGGACCACCAUCUGGAAGUCAUCGAAGAUCGCGAGGCCAAACUACAACGGCUUAAAGCCUUGAUCCAGGUCUAUCACCUGAUUCAGGAGAAGCAGAUGGUGGUCGUCGCCAAUACGAUCAAUGUCCGAAGAAUACUGGACAUGAUCUCGGGGACUUUUGCUGGCUCUGACUAUCGGUGCUUAGAUCAAAAUACGCCAGAAGCGAUCCGUAUGCAGAGUUUGAGAAGCUUUGCGCUGGGCCAGACUUCAAUGUUGUUGAUGACGACAGAUGUCUCUGCUCGGAAGGAUUUCGACUUUGGGAAGGCGGCAUCUGUGCUAAUCAACUUUGAUUUCCCCAUGACCUUGCAGCUGUACCUCUACCGCAUCCAGAAGCGUGCAGACAGUGAGACCCACGUCUACACCUUCUUCUCGCCCCACGAUGUGCGACAUGCCAAUUCGCUGGUCAUUGUGCUCGAGGGCGCUGGACAGAAGGUCCCUGAAGCUCUCAGAAAGAUGAAGGAGCAGGUGAAAGCGGAGAUCAAAAAGGAAGACAAGGGCCACCGGAAGGGCAAGCCAGAUGGCGAAGAAGAGUCUGGAAGCAAAGGCUCCAGACGGCCAGACGGUCGAAAUGACCGCAAGGACCACAAAUGGGACGACAAAGCACCCCGAGACUCCCGAAGAACCAGCGGUGAGCUCAACCAUCGCCGCCCGAAACAGCACGACGAUCGGCCACCUGAGGGCGCCCGUCGGAAGGACGCCCGCUGGGAGGCUGAGUCGAAAGAGCACCUGAACCGUCGGGGGGGCGAGAGCGGCCUGAACCGUCGGUCGGGCGCCGCAGGCGGGUCGAGCGCGGGCAGAGGCUUUUCGGACACGUAGAGUCUGGAGGCCGAAACAGGCCGCUCGCGUGAGUCCGUGAGUCCGAAGAA